AUGACAAUACCACGACCCCCCUACAUUAGGCUUGUGACCCUGCAGCGGGGCGGCCUGGUUCCCUGCCGCCCCGGAGGGGGACGAGCCUCUCUGGACGCCAACGUGGGCGGAGCCAGCAAACCCUGCGCCCUCCCCUCAGAGGUCAAGGCGCAGGACAGGAAUUACCCCGAGGAGCCGCCAAGCCAACCGCGCGCCAGUUACCCCGAGGAGCCGCCAGACCAACCGCGCGCCAGUUACCCCGAGGAGCCGCCAGCCCAGCCGCGCGCCAGUUACCCCGAGGAGCCGCCAGCCCAACCGCCCGCCAGUUACCCCGAGGAGCCGCCAGACCAACCGCGCGCCAGUUACUCCGAGGAGCCGCCAGCCCAACCGCCCGCCAGUUACCCCGAGGAUCCGCCAGCCCAACCGCCCGCCAGUUACCCCGAGGAGCCGCCAGACCAACCGCCCGCCAGUUACCCCGAGGAGCCGCCAAGCCAACCGCACGCCAGUUACCCCGAGGAGCCGCCAGACCAACGGCGCGCCAGUUACCCCGAGGAGCCGCCAGGCCAACCGCCCGCCAGUUACCCCGAGAAGCCGCCAAGCCAACCGCGCGCCAGUUACCCCGAGGAGCCGCCAAGCCAACCGCCCGCCAGUUACCCCGAGCAGCCGCCAAGCCAACCGCGCGCCAGUUACCCCGAGCAGCCGCCAAGCCAACCGCGCGCCACCCAACCGCCCGCCAGUUACCCCGAGGAGCCGCCAGCCCAGCCGCCCGCCAGUUACCCCGAGGAGCCGCCAAGCCAACCGCGCGCCAGUUACCCCGAGGAGCCGCCAGACCAACCGCGCGCCAGUUACCCCGAGGAGCCGCCAGCCCAGCCGCGCGCCAGUUACCCCGAGGAGCCGCCAGCCCAACCGCGCGCCAGUUAUCCCGAGGAGUCCAUGGUGUGUGACCCUGUGGAGGACGCCGUCCGGACCCAGGCACUUCCAGAGGGGGAGUGUGGGAAGUAG